AAGAAAGGAAAAGAAAAAAGAAAGGCAGGCGCUGCUAUGCUAUGCUUGAGUUUGAAGCAUUGGAAGGUCCGAAAUCCGAAUUCUCAACUCCCGAGACAAAUAUAUUGCAACAGACAAAUACAAGUCGAACAUUUUCUCACCCACCAACUACCUCACUCGGUCGCAUCGCAUAGAGAGAGAAACAAUGGCGGCAGCGGAUCUAGAGGAUGUGCCUUCCGUCGAUCUCAUGACGGAGCUCCUCCGCCGAAUGAAAUGCGCCAACAAACCCGACAAACGCCUCAUCCUCAUCGGUCCACCAGGAUCUGGAAAAGGUACCCAGUCACCAAUAAUUAAGGAUGAAUAUUGCUUGUGCCAUCUGGCCACCGGUGAUAUGCUUAGAGCAGCUGUUGCUGCCAAGACUCCCCUUGGGGUUAAGGCCAAAGAGGCCAUGGAAAAGGGAGAACUUGUUUCCGAUGAUUUGGUUGUUGGGAUAAUAGAUGAUGCAUUGAAGAAGCCAUCUUGUCAGAAAGGUUUUAUUCUUGAUGGAUUUCCUAGGACAGUUGCCCAAGCGCAAAAGCUUGAUGAGAUGCUUGAUAAACGUGGAGUCAAGGUUGACAAAGUUCUCAACUUUGCAAUUGAUGAUGCUAUCCUGGAGGAGAGAAUUACUGGUCGCUGGAUUCAUCCUUCUAGUGGUCGUACUUACCACUCCAAGUUUGCACCUCCAAAAGCGCCUGGUGUUGAUGAUGUAUCUGGGGAGCCUUUAGUUCAACGGAAAGAUGAUACAGCUGCUGUUCUCAAGUCGAGGCUUGAAGCUUUCCAUAAGCAGACUGAGCCAGUAUGUUUCCUUCCCUCAUAUUUCUAUUCCUGUGCAUCUGCUUUCAACCAAGUUACACUUGUUGUGCAAAUAUUCUUAGAUUGGCUUUCUCUAACCUUUUAUGUCAUUAGCAAAUAUUGAAAUGCAAGCUUUCUGAAUAUUUGCUUGAAUUCUUGGAAUGCUGAUUAAAUUUAACUUCAUGGUCUUUUGCUUGUUCAUGUUUUCUAUGCUCCUAAGUCCUACCCAAAUGCUGCAUUUAUUCUACUUGGUGGUUGCGUGCUUCUAAGAUGAUGAGGGACUUGAAGUUUGUGUGGUUUAUUUUCUUCGUUUAUCCAACUCUGUUUUACCUGUAUGCCAAAAACUUUCUUGUGAGCAUUAGUCUGUAAAAAUCGUAACAUUAGCUUCUUGGUUUAGUUAGACUGUCAUAUUCUGUAAUGUAGUAUAGAUAGGAUAUUGUGGCAAAAGAGACUUAGAAAAGAAGAAAAGACACUGAAGUUGAUAGUUAGGACAGGGUCAAGAUUUAUCCUGUCAUCCCAGAAUCUUGAGUGUUGCCAAUUGUUUUAGUAUAUUAUCCGUUGGCGUUGUUUACUAGUAUAUAUUAGUUGGACAUCAAGUAUAUUUUGAGACAUGCUGGACAAUAUGUUUUCUUUCUACAUUACGCUGUUUCUUGUUAGCUUGUAAUGGUGCUAUUAUUUAUUAUUUAUGACUGCUAUUGCCACUUAGUUUUGAAUCUUCUCUUCACUGAUCCAUACAUAAAUCAACUCUUAUAUCUGUCUGGACAAUAUGUUUUCUACAUUACGCUGUUUCUUGUUAGCUUGUAAUGGUGCGUGCUGGCUUUUCACAAUAGCUCCUUGGUCUCAAAUUCCUCUGACGCUCUUUGUUUUUCCACUGCACAGGUUAUCGACUACUAUGGCAAGAAGGGUGUUGUCGCUAACCUUCCGGCAGAGAAACCUCCUCCAGAGGUGACAUCAGAGGUGAAGAAGGUACUGACGUCGUGAUUGAAGACUCCAGUUUUUUGGCCACCCUCAAUAACAUUUGAUGCCUGCAGUUUCUGGUCAUUCUUAUUCGGAUAUGUCAGCGCAAGUCAUCAGAAAAGGUUCCUGUACUGUACUAUUUGUUCUGCUGAGUCAAGGCACUAGUCGGCAUUAGGUUUAGAUUUGCUUAUACGAGUUACAGAAUUGUUUGAGUUAACUUUCUAUCUAAGGAGAGGCUAAAUACAGUUUUCUGGGUAAUGACUCCUCACUGCGGGGUUCAUAUCUCUGCAUGUUGUGGAAUGAGUUUCGGUGGGCGUGCCCCUCAUCAUUUCCCCUCCUCCACAUGCUAAUAAAAACUUCAUUGGCUUUUCUUGAA